AUGGCUGAUGACGUGGUUGACGACUGGGAGCAGUUGUACGCUGAGGAGGAGGAUACAGAAGACGAUGAGGCAACCGGUGACGCAACUGCAGCGAGCAGUGACCACAGUGCGCCUCCCACCGGCUUGUCACUGGCGCCAAGCACGACCAGCACGACAGUGACAGCAGGUAUUGUGCAUCAACACAGCAGCCAUGAUGCGCAACCGCGCAAAGCAGUGAACCCGUUCACGGGCGAGGUUGUCCAGCAAACACAGGAGCCUUACGCGACAGCAGCACCAGCAUGGGUGCACCCACCCGGCGACCGCGACCAACAGAGAAAGGAAGAGAGGCGGAGACAGCAAGGUGCGCGGCUCACAGAGGUCCUCACAGAUACACAGGCACAAGCCUGGCAGCGCCAAGUUGCACACGACCCGUCCAUCAUGCUGUUGAAGCGGCAGCCCGGCGGAACGAGCGGGAAGAACCAAGCGUCAUCUCGCAAUCGCCUCGAUGAUGUGGCUCAGCACGACCAAUCGCUGGAAGACAAGCAGCGGCGAUAUGAAGAGGCGCGCGCACGCAUCAUGGGCGGCAGCGAGAGCACUGCUGGCACUGAUACUCAUGGCAGCACCAGUCGCACCAACCGCACACGCGGGCUAUCCAAGCAGCAGCACCAGCAGCAGCACCAGCAGCAGCACCAGCAGCAGCACCAGCAGCGCGGGCGAGGGAGAGGGAGAGUCGCGCACGAGGGGGUGGAAGCGGAAGGGGCGGAGGAGGAAGACGGCGGGGGCACAGCAGCGGUGGACGUCGUGGCGGCAGUGAGCACGAGGUGUUGUGACCCGCGAUGCUGCUAA